AUGACUGACAAAAGACCCGUUAUUCUUUGGGCUCAUGCAAGAUCACUUUCCACGGUUUUUGAGCGACCAUUUCUUCGACUUGAUCGAGAAUUUCAUGUUAUUCAUGAGCCUUUUGUUCCAAUUGGCCUUGCAUACAGGGCGAAUAACGAGAAGUUGUUAAAUAGCAUUCAACCACCUAAACCUACUGAUCCAAUUACUUUUAAGCAUCAUUUCACGCCCAGCCUCAAUGAAAUACUUGCACCUCACUAUCAUAAUGAAGACCAGACAAAACCGUUAAGGGUAUUUGUAAAAGACCUUGCUACCAUCUUUUUAACCGCAUCAGAAGGAAAUCCGCUCCGUUCCAAAGAAGUUCUCUUAAAAUUCAAACACACAUUUUUAAUCCGUAAUCCCGAAAAAUCUGUGAAAUCAUAUUACAAAGCCGCAAAUGCUACAUAUAAAGCUUGGGACGAUGCCAACGUACCUAGUUCGGAAAGAAUUGUGCUUUUUUCCGCAAACGAUGUUGGGCUUAAAGAAUCAAGAGCUCUUUAUGACUUGAUUAAAGACAUAACAGAAGAAGAAAUUCCCCUGGUGGAUGCUGAUGAUUUAAUUCGAUACCCUGAGAAAAUUAUGAGAAAAUUUUGUGAGAUGAUUGGAGCGGAAUUUAGGAGAGAAAUGCUCGAAUGGGAAGCCGAAAAGGUGGAACAUUGGGAUGUAAAAAUUCCAAACAUAUAUCAUGUUCCCGAUUUAUAUAAUAUAUGGCAUAAAAAUUCAGCUAAAAGCACCGGAUUCAAUAAAUUUGUCCGUAAAGAGGAGGAAGAAAUCGAAUAUCCUCAGUACGUCUAUGAUAUCAUAGAUGAUAAUAAACCUCAUUACAAAUAUUUGCAUCAAUUUAAAAUUAAUAAAACUAUUUCAACACAAG